AUGCUGGAACUGAGUUGCACAGAUAUGUAUUGUGUAUGGGUCCCAGGGACCCAUUGCCUAAUUGCCUACAUCAUUCUUGUUGCCAUGUGCACCACAGCAUUGGAGGGACACACCGCUUGUAGGUCAUAUCGGUUUGUGGCAUUCAGGGGGUCUGCCUCUGCAUGGUGCUGGAUCAUGCAGCGGACGCCACACCUGGAUUUGCAUGGCUUGGAAACCCACCGGCUGUCGAUCUCCAAAAUUGCCAUCAGGGUGGUGAUCUCCGGAUCAAGGAUCGCUGCUGCAGGGAGCAGCCCCAUCUGGUGCCCUGCACAUUCGUGGCCAUGA